CUUUGCCUCCCACUUUUCUUGGGAAUUGUGAAAAUUGUCGCGUUGGAGUGUCGAGUAGGAAUUGUAACGCUAGUAAGACUACCUGUCAACCAUGGACACGUAUUAGUUUUAUUUUGUGAAGGUGGAACAGGCAAGUGGAUUGGUUCUUAUUUUAGAUAUCGGCAAGUAUUUUGUGAGUGUUGCUAUAGUAUAGGACUUUCGGAUCUACAAGUGGCCAUCGGCGACAUCAGCAAGUGUGAAUGUCGGACUUCUUUCAUCUGUUGCUUCAGCAUCCUCACAAUAGGUAGUGUUCACCAGGCCCCACCAUGCUGAGUUUCCUCCGCCGGACGCUGGGCCGGCAGUCCAUCCGUAAGCAUGCUGACAAGGCCCGGUUGAGAGAGGCCCAGCGGGCCACUACACACAUCCCUGCUGCCGGGGACUCCAAGUCUGUCAUCACCUGCUGUGUGUCAAUGCUGGACGGCACAGAUGUCAGUGUGGACCUGCCGAAAAAAGCCAAUGGUGAGGAGCUGUUUGACCAGAUCAUGUACCAUCUGGACAUCGUAGAGAAGGACUACUUCGGACUACGCUUCAUGGACUCUGCACAAGUACCACAUUGGCUUGACAUUACAAAAAGCAUAAAAAAACAAGUCAAAAUUGGACCUCCAUACUGCCUUCACAUGAGGGUUAAGUUCUACUCCUCAGAACCCAACAACCUGCAUGAGGAGUUGACCAGAUAUCUAUUUGUAUUACAACUAAAGCAAGACCUCCUCAGUGGCAAGUUAGAAUGCCCUUUGGACACAGCAGUGGAACUGGCAGCCUUCUCGUUACAAGCUGAGCUGGGAGACUGUGACCCUGGGGAGCAUGCUCUGGACAUGGUGUCUGAGUUCCGCUUCAUGCCAGAGCAGACAGAGGCCAUGGAGCUGGCCAUCUUCAACACCUGGAAGGAGUGCAGGGGCCAGAUGCCGUCGCAGGCAGAGAUUAACUACCUGAACAAGGCCAAGUGGCUGGAGAUGUAUGGGGUGGACAUGCACAUGGUCAAGGCUCGAGAUGGUAAUGAGUACCAGUUAGGACUGACUCCCACUGGAGUGCUGGUGUUUGAGGGAGAGACCAAGAUAGGCCUGUUCUUCUGGCCCAAGAUCACCCGUCUAGACUUUAAGAAGAGCAAGCUGACCCUGGUGGUGGUGGAGGAGGAUGGAGAAGAGGCUCAGGAGACAGAAGAGGGUAAAGAGCAGCAGCACACGUUUGUGUUCCGUAUGGACCACCCCAAGGCCUGUAAGCACCUGUGGAAGUGUGCUGUGGAACACCAUGCUUUCUUCCGGCUCCGCGGCCCGGUCCAGAAGGGCUCAGCGCGCUCCGGGUUCAUCCGCAUGGGGUCACGCUUCCGCUACAGUGGGAAGACUGAGUACCAGACCACCAAGGGCAACAAAGCCAGGAGGUCAGCAUCGUUUGAGAGGAGGCCCAGCCGCCGUUACUCCAGGAGGACCAUGAUGAACCGGGGAGCCAACAAACUCCAGGAUCACAACAACGGAAUGAGCCCCAACAAAGAUGCCAAGCACCUCCACAUCAGAAGCCCCUGGUCCCUGCCCGUGGUCAGCCCUGUAUCCUCAGUCUGCACCAGCAGACCUAUGAAAAUCGAAACCCUCCCCAGGAGUCCUGGCGGUGGCCAAUCGGAGAAGAGGAGCAUGGCCCUGCCACUCGUAGCUGAUCUGCUGGAGACAUGCGUUAAUGACGUCACCCAUACACCUGUUCCCAUGGCGACAGCAGGCCUGUCUGAGGAGGCGGGACUAAGCAUGGCUGCCUCCGCCUCCAGCCUCACAGGGGAGGAGAAAGUCUCUCUUGCCGAGGCGGCAGCGCGGCUGAAGCAGCCGGAACUACAGAGUCUCUCGCUCCCUGUCCCUUCCAGAGCCAACCUCAACAUGAACAACCAGGAGGAUGUGGUGAAGCUCACAGUGAAGUGUCUGAACAGUGUGGGUAGCAGCUCUGUGCCUUCUCCACUUCGCCCCCCAGAGGACCUGAAGAGUAACAUCAUCAAAGCCCAGGCUGCCCUCAAGAGCUCCCUGGAGGAGCACGUUGUGAUGGGGGACAAGAACACCAAUGUACAGGAAGCUGCAGCCAGGCUGAAGGUGCGUAGUGGCCGUAUGGGCAGCAACUCCUCCCUGUCUCUAACUGGACAUCCCGAGAGACAGGAGUCAAGGGACCUGCUCAAACCAACACUGCUGACCACAGCUGGGACCAGUGUUGAGAUGUUGGCUGUGGAUCUCAUGCAAUCAGCACCUAUGAUGCCCCUCGAAAUACUUAACGGGGGGCAACCAACAAAGGCCGAACCUGAGGAGCUGAAGAUGCCCACCCCUCCGUCACUGCGGGCCCCACUGAGCAGUAACCUGAUGGACUUCUCAGACCUAACCCCAGUAUUACCGCCACCAUCAGUGCAAUCCAAGCCCAUGAUAUCACCUCGCUGGAUCAUCCCUGCUGCUGCACCACUCACUGCCAUCUUUACUAACGGCCUCUUUGACCUUGACCACUCUGCAAAGACCGCCGCCCCUCUCCAACCUGAAGGGAGGGCUCUCACCCCAGCUCUGCACCCCCAUCUCUCCUCUCAAAUGCACAAUGUGAUUGACACCAGCGUUGUGGCCCAGCCACCCAAAGAGCACAGCUCCAAGCACAAAGGUCUGUUGACCACUGAGCUCUGAGUGGGAACCAGGGGGGAGCUAGCUUCUACCCUCCUCACAACGAAUACUUCCUACCCCUGGUGUUCCCAAACUAGGGGACUACUUCCUACCCUGAGCACAUUCAUCUCCUACUGCAUUCCCAAACCUGGGGGAAGUUCCUGCCCUAGCGACAACCAGUAUCUCCUACUGCGUUCCCAAACAAUUCCCAAACCAGCAGCAAUCAAGAGAUUGGAUGAUUGGAAUUCCUCGUCUCACUAGAUUCCAGUUUGGAGCAGUGUUUUUGUUCUUUAUUUUAGUACCACAGUUGGUUCACUGGUUCUUUUCAUAAGCAUUCCUACAAAGUGCACAGACUCCCUUUUAGAAAUGUUUUAAGCAGGAAGGGACUGCAAUAAGUGCUACGGAAGAGGACAUCUGUUCCUCAAGCCACUGGAUUACAUUGGAGCAUUGGACCUGGACUCUUAGAAGAUAUGAAACAAUGACUUUUUACAGACUUUUUUUUUUUGUGCUGUUUUUUAAAAUUUAAAGUCAUACCGAGUGAAUCGAUCAAGUACCAGUGUUCAGUUAGGACCUGGUGCUCACUAGACGUUUCUGAAUCUGAUUAAGACUCAGUUAUCAGAGGAUGACAACAGCAAUAUGUAGAAUGCAGGCAUGAAUUUAGCCACAUCUAAAAUGUCUAUUUUGUAUCCAUAUAAAAACACUGUAGCUACAACCUGCCUUAAGCUAGCUGAAUGUUAAAUUAUGAUUGCAUAACUUCACACUGUAAGGAAAUACUACCACUACUAUUACCAAUACUAUCACUACUGUUACUAAUACUACCACUAAUACUAUUACUACUGUUACUAAUACUACCACUACUAUUACUGAUACUACUAUUACUAAUACUACCACUACUAUUACUAAUACUACCACUACUAAUACUACCAAUAUUACUACUAUAUUUAGGCCUAUACUGUACUUUAGUUUUUCAUUUUACUGAGUCCACUGCUUACGACUGGAGUGUCUGUGUGUGAUGGUAAUAUCUAAUCAUGUAGUCUUGACACCGUUUCUGGCUGUGGUCAUCAAUGACAGGUGACAUGACUCAUAGGCCUAUUUCCUCUGUCAGCCUAUCAUAAACUGGCUCUCCAUUGGUUCUUUUCCACAGUAAGCCAAUCACAUACAGGAUCUCUGGUGGUAGGAAGUUGUCAGUCAACUGUAUUAUUCACUAACAUAAAAUGUAAUGAAAAAUGUAUUUUAGAUAUCAGACGGGCGGUAGAUCAGUAGGUCUUUGCGAGACGAUGUGCAGUAGAGGUAAAAGCAGAAGACAUUUUCAAAUACAGUUAAUUUGAACAAGUGAUCUGUGAACAACACCCAUCUCAACGGAAAGACUUAAAACGCAUCACGUUUAUAAAAAAAAAAAAAAAAAGUGAAGUCUUUAGGUUUUUUUUAUACUUAAAAUAGCCACUCUGA